AUGAGUUCCAGGAUCUCCAUCAUAAGAGAUCAUCUUAAUCAACCUACUGCUGAUUAUGGCCAUGCAUUUCCUAAUCUCACAAGUGCUGAUGGUGCCAAAAUUCAAUCUGUAUUGGUCGCAAAUCGGAGCGAAAUUGCUAUACGUGUGCUUAGAGCUGCGUCAGAGCUUGGACUGAGGACUAUUGCUGUAUACAGUGAGGACGACGCAACGGCCCUUCACGUGAAGAAGGCUGAUGAAGCCGUUGCUCUGCCGGGACGUGGCGCCAAUGCCUACUUGUCUAUUCCUGCCAUGAUCGAAGCUGCCAAGAAGGCGGGGGCUCAUGCUAUACACCCAGGCUAUGGAUUCCUCAGUGAAAACGCUGAAUUCGCCAGCGCUUGUAUUGGUAAUGGACUUGUGUUUGUUGGUCCUUCGCCAAACGUGUUGGAUCUCUUUGGAGACAAGGUCGCUGCAAAGGCACUAGCUAGAAAGUGCAAUGUCCCUCUUCUUGCUGGAACCACAGGCCCCACAUCGUUAGCCGAGACUGAAGCAUUUAUGGCUAAACAUGGUGCAGUCAUGAUUAAAGCCAUCUCAGGAGGCGGUGGUCGAGGAAUGAGAGCCGUCUUCAACAAAUCAGAACUCGCAGAAGCCUAUACUCGCUGUCGAUCAGAAGCCAAAGCCUCAUUUGGCCGUGACGAAGUAUACGUGGAACAAUUGCUCGUUCGACCUCGUCAUUGUGAGAUACAAAUAGUAGGAGACUUGAGCGGGAAUGUUGUUCAUAUGUAUGAUCGUGAAUGCUCGCUACAACGACGUAAUCAAAAGAUUGUGGAGGUUGCUCCCAGCCCUAGUAUACCAGCUAGUCUGAGAGAUCAGUUAAUCGCUGCUUCUAUUGCUAUGGCUAAAGCAGCUAAAUAUAGUAGUUUGGGCACCUUUGAAUUCUUGGUGCCAGAAGGAUCCACCAAUUCUUUCUAUUUCAUGGAAGCAAAUCCACGAUUACAAGUUGAACAUACCGUAACGGAAGAAGUUUUGAAUGUCGACAUCGUACAGACCCAACUCCAUAUAGCGAGAGGCGCAACACUACCACAACUCAACCUAGCUCAAUCUCAAAUAGCUCCUCCACGAGGAUUUGCCAUCCAACUUCGCAUAAACACCGAAACUAUGAAUGAAUCCGGAGAAGCUAUCCCUACAGGAGGUACACUGGCUGCAUUCGAACCUCCAUCUGGUCGUGGAGUCCGUAUAGAUACUUCAGGUUAUACCGGUUAUACCACGUCUCCCGCUUUUGAUUCACUACUUGCCAAAGUCAUUGUCUCGUCAUCAUCACGACAGUAUGCCGAUACUGUUGCCAAGGCUUAUAGAGUGUUACAGGAGUUCCGUAUUGAAGGUGUUGAAACCAAUUCAGGAUUCCUGUGUAAUUUGCUGUGUCAUCCUGAUGUUAUUGCCAAUAAGGUGUAUACUACCUUUGUUGUUGACAAGAUCAAGGAAAUAACUGGUGGUAGUAAGGCUCAUAAGCAGUUUUUCUUCACUCCAAAACUUGCCACAGUUGGUGGAUUUGGAGGUACGCCGUCAGGAGAUGUAGUGCAAGGUCCAGCUGGAUCUAUACCAAUUCCUGCUCCCAUGCAAGGAACCAUUGUCAGCAUCGACGUGAAAGAAGGCGAUUUGGUCAAAAAAGGCCAACAAAUCGCUGUCAUGGAAGCUCUUAAAAUGGAGCAUGUAAUCGCCUCUCCAAACCCGGGCCGUGUUAAACUGAUUGUCGCUAGCAAAGGAACCACCUUGUUUUCUGGACGUCCACUCAUGUUUAUUGAACCUACGGAAGCUGCUGCAGAUGAUAUUGAAGAAGUAAUUAAAGUAGAUUUAGAUUAUAUUCGACCAGAUCUUCAAGCUCUUAUGGAGCGUCAGGCUUUGAACUUGGAUGCUGCGAGACCUGAUGCCGUCGCACGACGGCGCAAGACUGGUCAACGAACGACUAGAGAAAAUAUAGAACAAUUGGUAGAUGCUGGUAGUUGGAUUGAAUACGGUGGACUGACUCUUGCUGCUCAACGGGCUAGAAGGAGCUAUGAGGAGCUACUCCGUAUCUCACCAGCAGACGGAAUGUUGGCUGGCGUCGCUUCAAUCAAUGCCAAACUCUUCGACGAAGACAAGUCGCGAGUUGUCGUGGUAGCAUACGAUUACACCGUGUUUGCAGGAACUCAAGGCAAACACAAUCACAAGAAGAAGGAUCGUAUUUUCAAACUUGCGAUGGACUGGAAACUACCCUUAAUUCUCUUUGCUGAAGGUGGUGGAGGACGGCCCGGAGAUUCAGAUGGUUGGGGGGUGGCCGGGUUGGACUGUUUGACAUUUUGGGACUUUGGGAAACUGUCCGGUCUCGUUCCAUUAGUUGGAAUCACGUCUGGUCGUUGCUUUGCUGGAAAUGCUGCUUUAUUGGGCUGCUGUGACGUUAUUAUUGCCACUGAAGGAAGCAACAUAGGAAUGGGUGGACCAGCUAUGAUAGAAGGCGGAGGAUUGGGUGUCUUCACACCAGAAGAAGUCGGACCCACUUCAAUACAAGUCCCCAACGGUGUCAUCGAUGUUCUAGUGAAGGACGAGGUUGAAGCUGUAGAAGUUGCCAAAAAGUAUCUCUCGUACUUCCAAGGGUCAGUCAAGGACUGGAAGGCUGUAGAUCAACGCAUUCUACGAUCAAUGAUUCCAGAAAAUCGAUUGAGAAGUUAUGAUAUUCGAGCCGUUAUCCGCAACAUGUGUGACGUAGACUCUGUAUUGGAGUUGCGUCCAAACUAUGGAAUUGGUAUUUUGACGUGUCUUGUCAGAAUCGAGGGACGACCAAUCGGUCUUAUUGCAAAUAACAGCAAGCAUCUUGGUGGAGCUAUUGAUGCUGAUGCAGCUAACAAGGCUGCCAGAUUCAUGCAAUUGUGCGAUGCAUAUGACAUUGCCAUUCUCUCACUCUGUGACACUCCUGGAUUUAUGGUUGGACCCGAAGCUGAAAAGUCAGCACAAGUCCGAAUCUUCUGCAGAAUGUUUGUAACUGCUGGCAGCUUGAAGGUGCCAAUGUUCACGGUAGUAUUGAGAAAAGGUUAUGGACUGGGUGCACAAGCUAUGGCUGGUGGUUCUUUCCAUGCGCCGUUCUUCAACGUCUCAUGGCAAACAGGAGAGUUUGGCGGUAUGGGUCUCGAAGGUGCUGUACGACUAGCCUACAGAAACGAACUUGCGGCUAUCAAGGACGAAAACGAACGUCAAGCCACCUUCCAAAAGAUGGUUGAUGAAUCGUACUUGAAGGGAAAAGCGAUCAACAUGGCUGCCUACUUGGAAAUCGAUAAUGUCAUUGAUCCUUCCGAGACUCGUAUGUGGGUUGUUCGAGGCAUGAAAUCGGUUCCAAAGAGACCUCCAGCGGAAGGCAAGAGAAGGCCAAUGGUUGAUACGUGCACGAAUGGGACGACAUCAUUUUCAUCAUCGGGGUUUGUUUUGGAGCUAGCGAAUGGCGAUUCCCUAGUAUUGACACCCGCUGCUACCAUAUCCCCAUGGCUAGACGUCAGAAAAACUGAUGCAAUUCCACAAAAGCUCACUUAUCUGUCGACUGUUGAGGUCUUUGUACACGACGAUCAAGACGAAGGAAUCCCUGCUGAAUUCAUCGGUAUCGCUCCCGUACCUGGGGUUUCAGAAGCUAUACGCAAGAUCACGCAUACAGAUCCUUGGAAUUGGCAAUUUGGAUUCUCUUCUGAUGCGUCAUUGGCAGAUCUACGCUCGUCGCCUGGAAUGUUUAACAUGAAGAAUGUGGAUAUUGCUGGAAUAGCUGUACUGAGGAUUGCAGGAAGAUUAAGUCGUGAUGUUAGUGCACGGAGGUCGUCGAUAGAUCACUCCUCGGUGCUUAUGGGCCAAGACGUUGAAGUAAUUGGCUCCCCUUUUGGAGUUCAAUCACCCAAAGUGUUUCUAAACAGCAUCAGUCAUGGAAUUGUGUCAAAUCUAGUCUAUGAUGGUUCAAAUAUAGGUCUGAUAAUGACUGAUACCCGAAUACUGCCUGGCGUGGAAGGAGGUGUCAUGUUGAGGAGGAAGAAUCACUGUCUUAUUGGGAUGAUUCUGCCACCACUCAAACGAAAAGAUGAUACUACAAACGAUUUGAAUUUCGGUAUACCGAUCUCGAGCAUUCUGGCUGCUAUUGCUCCCAUGCUGAAUGUGAUGAGGGACAAGAUUCCAAUACAAGAAGCACCGCAAUGGGAGACCAUGGAUUAUUAUAUUGAUAAAGCUAUACAGUCAGUAGUAUUAAUACGGAUUGGGUUUACUUGGGCUACAGGAGUUGUUGUGUCGACUGCAGGACAUAUUGUUACUAACUCACAUGUCGUGAAGCCCUUUAUGAAUGGAGGCAAAAUGACUGCAGAUAUCAAAGUGAGAGUGAAUUGGUCUGGACCUCAUCCAUCGUGGAUUUCUGGAGUAAAGUGUAUUUUUGCCUCUUCAAUGGAUUGGGACAUUGCUCUGCUUCAGAUCACUGGCAAAUCAAAUGAAUUUCUGAUACAAACACUGCCAUAUAUCGAACUACCGCAAUCAGAUGCCAUACCAUUACCAGAUUCUGAAACCAUACCGGUAUAUGCUAUCGGAUUUGGUCAAUUCGAUCCAGCUACUGGACUAUUACCGACCGUCACUUACGGCCUACAAGGACGACUAAUACGAGGCCUGAAGCCACCACAUAAUGUCUUUAGACGGCAAAGUUCGACAACCGUACACAACGGUUCAAGUGGUGGACUGAUGCUCGGACCACCGAAUUCAAAUGGAAAACCGACUUUUAUGGGCCUUAUUGUGUCAAACUUGCAGCUUGAAUCGAAAAGCAGCAAGUUCACGUCGAUCACAUUUUCAAUACCUGCUACAGCGUUUAUACGGAUACGUCAAUACAUUGACACUGGUGAUUACAGCUUACUAGAGCCUCUAGAGAUUGAAGGAAAAGAAGUUGAAGAGCUAUACUCGGUCAACUACAAGAAACCACUAGACAAGAAGCCGCAAUCUAGUAAACUGUUGGAGUUGCUGGAUAAAGAAAAGGCGUCUAAACUGUAA